CGACGAAGCGCGCCAUCUGUGGCAGGGUUGGCGCGAUAUGGAGGAGUAUGCGCGGGAGGUGUUUCCUGUGGAGGAGGAGGCCAAUGGGUUGGAUUGGAUGUUGUAGGGUGUUUUUACGUCCUGGUUUUAAACUGGGUUUAAUGCAUUGCUGGCGAAUGGUUUUCUACUUGUGGUUUGAGUUGAAAAAAAAAAAUGAGGGGAAAUGCGAAAAGCGAAAAGAAAAGAGGGGGAAAAUCAACUGCUCUCUCUACCUCCAUGCUUGCCUAUACAAUACUCUGUAUACGGCAGCAUGGAUUAAAGCAGGUCAUGAUUGAAGCAUAUGAUGACAGGGGAAACCAAACCACACCACACCAAAAGUUCUUUCUUUCUUAUCUAUCUCACCUCAGUCCUCAGGGGGCUGACCUUGUUUCAUUGGUUGAUUUUCGUGCGCUGUUUUUUAUCUAUCUACUUAUCGUCUUCAGGAUGUACCAGGUUUGAGUACUUUCUUAGGUAGUAUUAGUAUUAGUAGUCUUAUUAUUAUUCCCCACGGGUGUGG